UUAACAAGUGAAGUCAGUUUUAUUUUCUGCCUAAGAAAACCUUGAACAGCUCUGAAAAGGUUCCGGCUGAAGUUUCUGAGCAGACCACUUGCUGCUGCUUCCUAGGCUGUGUUUCCAAGCUGCCGGCGCACGCCAUCAACUAGCUGCAGGAUGCUGCCCGUGGCCAGACCUCUGUUGCUGCUCCUUGCAUUCCUCCUCUGCGCCUGUGCUGAGACACCUCCGAGGUUUACACGGACUCCAGUUGAUCAGACAGGCGUCUCUGGCGGAGUUGCAUCUUUCAUUUGUCAAGCCACAGGAGACCCAAGACCUAAAAUUGUCUGGAACAAAAAAGGAAAGAAAGUCAGCAAUCAGAGAUUUGAGGUAAUAGAGUUUGAUGAUGGAUCUGGAUCAGUUCUCAGAAUACAACCUUUAAGGACUCCACGGGAUGAGGCCAUUUAUGAAUGUGUGGCUUCGAAUAAUGUGGGAGAAAUCAGUGUGUCCACCAGACUCACAGUUUUACGUGAGGAUCAAAUUCCCAGAGGUUUCCCCACCAUUGACAUGGGGCCCCAGCUGAAGGUGGUGGAGCGCACACGCACUGCCACCAUGCUCUGCGCAGCCAGCGGUAAUCCGGACCCAGAAAUCACGUGGUUUAAAGACUUCCUACCUGUGGACACGAGCAACAACAAUGGUCGUAUUAAGCAAUUAAGAUCAGAAUCUAUUGGUGGUACACCAAUACGAGGAGCCCUGCAGAUCGAACAGAGUGAAGAAUCUGACCAAGGAAAAUACGAGUGUGUUGCCACCAACAGCGCGGGCACUCGCUACUCUGCCCCUGCCAAUUUAUAUGUCAGAGAGCUGCGAGAAGUUCGCCGUGUCCCCCCACGAUUCUCUAUCCCACCCACUAAUCAUGAAAUCAUGCCAGGUGGAAGUGUUAAUAUCACCUGUGUGGCUGUGGGCUCACCAAUGCCUUAUGUCAAGUGGAUGUUGGGGGCAGAAGAUCUGACACCUGAAGAUGAUAUGCCAAUAGGAAGAAAUGUCCUCGAGCUGAAUGAUGUAAGACAGUCAGCAAAUUAUACCUGUGUUGCCAUGUCAACACUGGGUGUCAUUGAAGCAAUAGCACAGAUCACUGUCAAAGCCUUACCCAAACCUCCAGGAACUCCAGUGGUGACUGAGAGUACAGCUACAAGCAUCACGCUGACCUGGGACUCUGGGAACCCAGAACCUGUCUCCUACUAUAUCAUUCAGCAUAAGCCUAAAAAUUCUGAAGAACCAUACAAAGAAAUCGAUGGGGUUGCAACCACACGCUACAGUGUUGCUGGACUAAGUCCCUACUCAGAUUAUGAAUUUAGGGUCGUUGCUGUCAAUAACAUUGGGCGAGGGCCUCCGAGUGAGCCUGUGCUAACGCAAACGUCAGAGCAAGCACCAUCCAGUGCCCCACGGGAUGUCCAGGCACGCAUGUUGAGCUCAACCACGAUUUUGGUACAGUGGAAGGAACCUGAAGAGCCUAAUGGACAGAUCCAGGGAUACAGAGUUUAUUACACAAUGGACCCCAGUCAGCACGUCAACAACUGGAUGAAACACAAUGUGGCUGACAGCCAAAUCACUACCAUUGGCAAUUUAGUGCCCCAGAAAACAUACUCUGUCAAAGUCCUGGCUUUUACCUCAAUUGGAGAUGGUCCUCUUUCAAGUGACAUACAAGUCAUCACUCAGACAGGAGUACCAGGACAGCCGCUAAACUUCAAAGCAGAGCCUGAGUCUGAAACAAGCAUUUUGCUGUCUUGGACACCUCCACGCUCAGAUACUAUUGCCAACUACGAACUGGUCUUCAGAGAUGGAGAGCAAGGAGAGGAGCAACGAAUCACCAUUGAGCCAGGCUCAUCAUAUAGGCUGCAAGGGCUAAAGCCAAACAGCCUGUACUACUUCCGUCUGGCUGCACGCUCUCCUCAAGGCCUGGGUGCUUCAACAGCGGAAAUAUCAGCUCGAACCAUGCAAUCAAAGCCAUCAGCUCCUCCUCAAGACAUUAGUUGCACCAGCCCAAGUUCCACUAGUAUUUUGGUAAGUUGGCAACCUCCACCAGUGGAAAAACAGAAUGGCAUUAUCACUGAAUACUCCCUCAAGUACACCGCAGUUGAUGGAGAAGACGACAAGCCCCAUCAAGUUUUGGGAAUUCCUUCGGACACUACCAAAUACCUUUUGGAACAUCUGGAAAAAUGGACUGAAUAUCGGAUCACUGUGACUGCCCACACAGAUGUCGGCCCUGGCCCUGAGAGCUUGUCCGUGUUGAUUCGAACCGAUGAAGAUGUUCCUAGUGGCCCUCCUCGCAAAGUCGAGGUGGAGGCUGUCAACUCAACCUCCGUUAAAGUCUCCUGGCGCUCACCUGUGCCCAAUAAGCAGCAUGGCCAGAUAAGAGGAUAUCAGGUGCAUUACGUGAGGCUGGAAAACGGCGAGCCCAAGGGCCAGCCCAUGCUGAAGGAUGUCAUGCUGGCUGAUGCACAGUGGGAAUUUGACGAUACUGCUGAACAUGACAUGAUCAUUUCUGGGCUGCAGCCUGAAACCUCAUACUCCCUCACGGUCACAGCCUACACCACCAAAGGAGAUGGAGCCCGCAGCAAGCCCAAACUAGUCUCCACCACUGGAGCAGUUCCAGGGAAGCCCCGGCUUGUGAUUAACCACACCCAGAUGAAUACUGCUCUCAUUCAAUGGCACCCCCCUGUGGACACAUUCGGACCCCUUCAGGGCUACCGUCUAAAAUUUGGCAGAAAGGACAUGGAGCCACUCACUACUCUUGAGUUUUCUGAGAAAGAAGAUCACUUUACAGCCACAGACAUCCACAAGGGUGCAUCAUACGUCUUCAGACUCUCAGCCAGAAACAAAGUGGGCUUUGGGGAGGAGAUGGUGAAAGAGAUUGUCGUUCCAGAAGAGAUGCCAACUGGAUUCCCUCAGAACCUCCACUCAGAAGGCACCACGUCAACCUCUGUCCAGUUAUCUUGGAAACCACCCGUCCUGGCAGAGAGGAACGGCAUUAUUACCAAGUAUACCCUCCUGUAUAGGGAUAUCAACAUCCCUCUUCUUCCAAUGGAGCAACUUAUUGUUCCAGCUGACACCUCUAUGACACUCACUGGCUUAAGACCAGACACUACAUAUGAUGUAAAAGUACGUGCUCACACGAGCAAAGGGCCCGGGCCAUAUAGUCCCAGUGUCCAGUUCAGGACACUGCCUGUGGAUCAAGCAGUGUUUGCAAAAAAUUUUCAUGUCAAAGCAGUCAUGAAGACUUCAGUGCUACUGUCUUGGGAGAUUCCAGAGAAUUAUAAUUCCGCCAUGCCUUUCAAAAUUCUUUAUGAUGAUGGGAAAAUGGUAGAAGAAGUAGACGGCCGAGCCACACAGAAAUUAAUUGUGAACCUGAAGCCUGAGAAGUCAUAUUCCUUCGUGUUAACGAACCGUGGAAAUAGUGCUGGAGGGCUGCAGCAUAGGGUGACGGCAAAGACCGCCCCAGACGUGUUACGCACCAAGCCUGCCUUCAUCGGGAAGACCAACUUAGAUGGCAUGAUUACCGUGCAACUGCCCGAAGUUCCUGCAAAUGAAAAUAUAAAAGGUUACUACAUUAUCAUUGUGCCUUUGAAGAAAUCUCGUGGAAAAUUCAUCAAGCCCUGGGAGAGCCCUGAUGAAAUGGAAUUAGAUGAGCUGCUUAAGGAGAUAUCUAGGAAACGCAGAAGCAUCCGUUAUGGGAGAGAAGUUGAAUUAAAGCCAUAUAUUGCUGCUCACUUUGAUGUCCUUCCCACCGAGUUCACCCUGGGGGAUGACAAGCACUACGGUGGAUUUACAAACAAGCAGCUCCAAAGUGGACAGGAAUAUGUCUUCUUUGUGUUAGCGGUGAUGGAACACGCAGAGUCUAAGAUGUAUGCAACCAGCCCAUACUCUGAUCCUGUUGUGUCAAUGGAUCUGGAUCCACAGCCAAUCACGGAUGAAGAGGAAGGCUUGAUAUGGGUCGUAGGUCCUGUCCUUGCAGUGGUCUUUAUCAUCUGUAUUGUGAUUGCUAUUCUUCUUUAUAAAAGUAAACCUGACAGGAAGAGGGCAGAAUCGGAGUCUAGGAAGAGCAGCAUACCCAACAGCAAAGAGAUCCCUUCACAUCACCCAACAGACCCAGUAGAACUGAGGCGCCUUAACUUCCAAACUCCAGGUUCGGAUGACUCCGGUUACCCUGGUAACCUUCAUUUUUCAAGUAUGGCUAGCCAUCCUCCAAUACCUAUCUUGGAACUUGCAGAUCAUAUUGAAAGGUUAAAAGCAAAUGACAACCUGAAGUUUUCCCAGGAAUAUGAGUCAAUUGACCCAGGCCAGCAGUUCACAUGGGAGCACUCAAACUUGGAAGUAAACAAACCCAAAAACAGAUAUGCAAAUGUCAUCGCAUAUGACCACUCUAGGGUUCUCUUAUCAGCAAUAGAAGGUAUCCCAGGAAGUGACUAUGUGAAUGCCAACUACAUAGACGGCUAUAGGAAGCAAAACGCAUAUAUUGCAACACAGGGAUCUCUUCCUGAAACAUUUGGGGACUUUUGGAGAAUGAUCUGGGAGCAACGGAGUGCCACAGUUGUCAUGAUGACCAGACUAGAAGAGCGAUCCCGGGUGAAAUGUGACCAGUAUUGGCCCAGCAGAGGGACAGAAACUCACGGGCUGGUCCAAGUGACGCUACUGGAUACCGUGGAGCUGGCCACGUACUGUGUUCGAACGUUUGCACUUUAUAAGAAUGGUUCAAGUGAGAAGAGAGAAGUGAGACAAUUCCAGUUCACCGCCUGGCCAGAUCACGGCGUCCCAGAGCACCCCACACCUUUCCUAGCUUUUUUACGGAGAGUCAAAGCCUGUAACCCUCCUGAUGCAGGUCCAAUGGUUGUGCACUGCAGUGCAGGUGUUGGCCGGACUGGGUGUUUCAUCGUAAUAGAUGCCAUGUUAGAAAGAAUAAAGCAUGAAAAAACUGUAGAUAUUUAUGGCCAUGUAACUUUAAUGAGAGCCCAGAGGAAUUACAUGGUUCAAACAGAAGACCAAUACAUCUUUAUCCAUGAUGCGCUGUUAGAGGCAGUGACAUGUGGAAAUACCGAAGUGCCGGCUAGGAACUUGUUUGCCUACAUUCAGAAGCUGACACAAGUAGAGGCAGGGGAGAAUGUCACAGGAAUGGAACUAGAGUUUAAGCGUCUAGCCAGCUCAAAAGCUCACACCUCAAGAUUCAUCAGUGCCAAUCUUCCUUGUAAUAAAUUCAAGAAUCGCCUUGUUAAUAUUAUGCCAUAUGAAUCCACACGAGUAUGCCUGCAGCCUAUCCGAGGAGUAGAAGGAUCUGAUUACAUCAACGCCAGUUUUCUUGAUGGAUACAGACAGCAGAAAGCCUACAUUGCUACCCAGGGGCCCUUAGCGGAAACCACUGAAGACUUCUGGCGGAUGCUGUGGGAGCACAACUCCACCAUUGUUGUGAUGCUCACCAAGCUGAGAGAAAUGGGCAGAGAGAAAUGUCACCAAUACUGGCCAGCAGAACGAUCUGCAAGAUACCAGUAUUUUGUUGUAGAUCCCAUGGCUGAAUACAAUAUGCCUCAGUAUAUCCUGAGGGAAUUCAAGGUCACAGAUGCCAGGGACGGUCAGUCCCGAACAGUGAGGCAGUUCCAGUUCACUGACUGGCCAGAGCAAGGGGUGCCAAAGUCUGGAGAAGGAUUUAUUGACUUCAUCGGCCAAGUUCAUAAAACAAAGGAGCAGUUUGGCCAAGAUGGGCCUAUUUCUGUGCAUUGCAGUGCUGGUGUUGGAAGGACUGGCGUCUUCAUAACCCUGAGCAUUGUAUUGGAAAGAAUGAGAUAUGAAGGCGUGGUAGAUAUCUUCCAGACCGUCAAAAUGUUAAGAACACAGCGACCAGCCAUGGUACAAACAGAGGAUCAGUACCAGUUUUGCUAUCGAGCUGCACUGGAGUACCUGGGCAGCUUUGAUCACUAUGCAACGUAGAAACCCCUGACCCUUUCUGGAUUUUUAACACAGGCCCUUCAAUAUCCAUGGAGUCUCUUCUGAGCCAUACAGGGCACUUGAGAAGUCCUUCUUAACUCCUAGCUAACAACCACUUAGUGGAACUAUUACAAAGAAACAAACUCUUCCAGGUGGACCAAGAAUUCACAGUUUAAUCAUCUAACCUGAAAAAUAACAUCAAGAAUCCUGACUUAGGAGGCAUCUGAAGGAUUUAUUUACAGAUACCUCAAGGAUUCAAAAUAAAGGGAAGAAGAAAUUACAGCAAAGAACCACCAUCUUGUUCAGGAAUGCUUGAUAGGUACAGAGAGAAAUUGCCUGUGUGCCACAUUUCAGCCCAAGGCAUCUGUUGGUAUGACUUCUCACAAGAAGAUGGCCUCUGCCUCAGCAUCACCCCUCCCCCCAAGCAACUCAUAAUUCCAUUAUAGGGGUAAGGGUGGGGAUGUUUAAAAAGAAAGUCCUUGAUUUAGUUUUUUAGUAUUGUAAAGAUUCUGCUGACCUGUGCUUCAUUUCUAACUGUGUAAACUUUUUUUUUUAACAAAAUGUAUCAUUCGAUAAAGUAAAUUUUAAAAGUUACAUAACUCUUCAUUUGUUUAAUUUCUGAAUUACAGGUUUUCUUAUGCUGUAGAAUGGUUAUCUGUAAUAUCUUGCUGUAGAAAUAUCAAAUAAUUUGAAGCUUUGCACAUUUUUGUGCAACACUUGAUCUACAGUAUCAGUCUCAACAGAUUACUUUUAUACAUCUGUUGGUAGUAACAGAUCAGAAAGUACCCAAUCUCUUCAAGUAAUCAAGGAAAAUAUUGUUUUGCUUUGUUUUGUUUUUGAAUCAACAGGGAGGCGCAAAGUAUAAAGUUGCUGCUAACAUAUAUAUGCAUAGGUAUCCAUAUUUUAAAGGUAUCUAUGUCUAUAUAGACAGUUUGCCCAACACAAAGAUUUAACUGUUAUUCACUUCUUCCAUGAUUUCAUGGUUUUGUUGAGAAUAGAAAAAUGAUUGUGAACAUCUUUUCCACGUUAUUCCUAAUAUAGCAAAACGUUAUUUUUUAAAGGGAAUUGAGGAGUGCACAUCAGUGAUAACGAGCCUCACCCCUGAGUCUCCCCCACCUACCCAAUCAUAUUCACAAAUACUAUUUUAUUAGCCAGGCUUCCAACAAAAUUCAGUACUUCUAACACUCUAGUGCAAUAACAAUUAUUAAAUAUCUAGGAAGUGUGCAUGUGGGAAAGGUCAGUGCAUAUCCCUUUAGGGGGGAAGAAUGUUGUAAUAUAUCAGCUAUCAAGUUGUUUUUUUAAAAAAAAGUAUACUCAAUCGUAUAUUGUCUAUAGUAUGUGCUAUGAAAUUUGCAUUUAUGAUAUGUAACAGGGCAAAGCCAAACUCACGUUACUCUGUCCAGUCAGAAGCAUUGUGUGUCCUGCAGCAUUCCUGGGAGAUGCUGUACUAUUUUGAUUUGAUUUUAGUUUUGCAUUUAGAGUGCCUUAUAAUUGAUGCCUAUUUUAAUAGCAUUUCCUUUUACCUUUUGGUUCAUAUUUCCAUUAGUUGUUCAUAUUUGUUACUCUUUCAAUUAAAGCUUUAUCUGUUUACCACAUGUACAGAAACUCUUUGAAUAAUAUGCAUUCCUAGUUUUCAGCCAAGUCCUGGAUGUUAGUGAUUGUACCCAGCCCAAAGCACUUGGAUAAUCAGGGCCUUCCGGUUCUUAAUCGUCAACAUCAGGAAGAGCUACUUGUUUUAUUUAGAACUCCUUCCAAAUCUGCUCUGAAGCAUGUAGUAAUUGCACCCAUUUUAUUUAUAGUGACAAACAUUGGCAACUUUGGGAUAUAUUUGAUAUUAGGAUUUUUCUGAAAGGGGCAAUAAAUAAUAUAUACCUCCCCAAAUUUUCCAACAUCAUUUCUAUAGGAAGCCAUGGAUGGUGGCACGAGUUUGCCACGCACUAUGAUUUUAAAGUACCCUCAAAAAACCCUAAGGACUCUAAAGGAGUUCUGAUAAAGGUAUACUAUUUUGCUUUCAUUUUAGCCUCAUGGACGUUCUGCAUGGAAGGACGUUUAUUUUCACAUUUUCCCAUCACUAGCAGAAUGAAAUCGUAGAGACCAAAUCCUUGCAAGCAUCGUAUUUGAGCACCUUUGUAAAAAAAAAAAAAAGAAAAAAAAAGAAAAAAAGAAAAGAAACAACAACAAAAAAAGAAAAAAAGAAAAAAUAGAAAUACAUAUAAUAUUUAAAAAAAAAGAAUCUAGAAGGCUACCUCAGAAUGAGACUCUCUUACCUUCAUCAGAAACAGAGAAGAACGUGCACUCUGUGGGUCUGCUGUCUUCUUUUAGCUUGUACCUUUGAAGGUUUAUCCAAGUGCCAGAUUACUCAGUGCUGUCAUUUUCUUUUUGUGAAACGAUGGGGGUCAGACAGGCAUUGCGUCAUCUAGACACGCCAUUUUGGACAUGUGGGAUCGGAUGGAGUAUCACACGUGACAAUGACUGGCCAAUGAGCAGUUUGUCUCCCUGAAAUAAAAACUGCCCACGUGGCAGAGGGAAAGAGGAGAAAAGAUCACAAGAAGGAAAAUGAACAGGAUGCAUACCUUAGGCGAGAGGUGGAUGCUAUCCCAGAAUCAGGAGCUGUUCCUAGAACUAACCGCUCGCUGUCAUUGAUGUGCAUUCCAUUCUAUACUUUGCUCUCCAGUCAUUUGAGUUUAAUUUCCCAGGUAAACAUCAUUAUCUGCCACUACCAUAAACUUCCACAUUGCCAAUUAUUUUCAUCAUCAUAACCAGUAAGGUGCUAUUAUUUACCUAUGUAUGUGUAGUUAUGUAUAAUUUUGUAAUUAGUUACAAUGGUAAAAUAUCAAAAUAUAUAAAAAGUGAUUUGUACAGAACUUUAUUUUAGCUCUUUUUUAAAAAUGAUUUGCAUGGUUAGACAAGGCGAGGACAGCCAGGGGAGGGAAGGGCCUCGAGGGAACUUUGCACUUUCUACACCUUUGUACUAUGCACUGCCCUAUUGAUUCUACACCCAAUAAUGUUAUUACUUGAACCCAUCUGUAAGAAACUGCUUCAGAAAUUCAUUUAUGUGUCUGUAAAUAACACAGCGUCAGAACAGGAAAGAAAGAAUGGCAGUACUGCACUUUUUUCCUUCCUGCUGAUUUUUGGUUUAGCUUUGUUUCAGUCUUUCUUGUUACUUUUUACUCCCUUUUCUUUUCCUUCCUGGGUUCUGAUUUCCUUUGGGUUAUGGGUGCCCCUGAUACUCCGCAGAGAUCAGAAGGCUACAGAUCCAUCCUAUCCAUCCGUUACAUGGCUUUGCCAUCCAAGCUUGGAGUGUCUUUACAAAGAUAAUAACAGUUGUGUUCUUUGCUCUCGUUUUGGAUGCACAGACUGAAAACUUAAAAAAUAACUUGUAAAAUGGCUUGUUAAAAAAAUACAAUUACCUCUAAGUAGUACGCGUAAAUGUUUUACAGAAUGAAAGGCGUGCUUUUUAUUUUCUUACUUCGUUACAUUGGUGGCGAAAGGAGUCUGUAUGAAAAUCAGUUCUUUGCUGACACAAGUUCCAUUUGUUACAAAUGAAUUCUAAUAAAAAUGUCAGUGUUAUGCA